UUGAUACAUAACCGGCAUAGGCAAUUCCGCUUCCAAUAGUAUAGAAUUUUGGUACAGUAUUCGGAUAAUGUAAAUAAUCAAUGAUUUUUUAAUACGGUGGAUCCAGUUUUUUAUCCAGUAAAUAAUUGAUAAUGAAAGGAUAGAAUGGCGGGAACCAUGAAGGUCAACCAUGGCUAAAAAAUGGGCGAUAUCGAAUUGAUGCUUAUGAAAAAGACUGUGAAGUAUAUACAUCUUCUCACUUAUCUCUAAUGGUCUGUUAGAGCCUGAAGGUUUAUACACUUCAUCUUCGUAAGCUGUUGGCAGUCUUCUUAAUAACGGAGUAUCGACUGCUUGUAGAUCUACCAACCGUUAUUGUACCAUCCGUCGUAACCAGGAUAUUCGAUUACAGUAUCAUACCACUAUUCUCCAGUACUCACUUAUUUAGAGCUGCAGCAAUUUCUACUCAGUGAUUUCGUUACGAACGGCUUGAGAGAGAGAUUCGACUAUUUCCUCUUCAUAUAAUAAAAAUACAUACACAGGAAAUAAAAAAUCAGAAUCAUUGGCAGAUAUAAUUAGACCUUGAGCAAGAUUAUAUUGCGUUUAUUUAUAUGAGUUUAUUUAAUAAUUCAUUACGAUUCAUUAUGAUUAGAUAUAAUUCUACUACUAUGUUAUAGAAAUUAAGCGUAAAAGUAGCGCAAAAUGUAUACGUCGAGAAAGAAAGUUCUUUGGUUCGCGAUAAUUACUAGAAUUGUGAUAUUAAAAUUACAAGUAAUUUUCAAUGUAUUAAUCCCCGAUCAUCAUGCAGAUGCAUUUAAAAGACCUUUGGAUUCUGCGGAGAAAGUUUCUCUCUGCGACCAAAUAAUUAAUUUUUUAUUCAAUGGUCUUACACGUUGGGAUGGAGAAUAUUUUUUACAUAUUGCAAGAUAUGGGUACACAUAUGAGAAUACUCUCGCUUUUUAUCCGUUGUAUCCAACUAUGAUUCGCAUUAUCGCUGUUAUUUUGACAAAAGUAUUUCCUUUAUUCAACAUGCAAAGUACGAUGAUCGUUGCUGCGAUUUUAAUUAAUUUCGUGUGUUUCGUAAAGUCUGCUAUUAUAUUUUAUGAUCUCACUGAGAGUGUAUUUCAAAAUACUGUAACGGCUUACAAAGCGGCUAUACUUUAUUGUAUAAAUCCGGCUAGUAUAUUUUUCUCGGCGUUAUAUUCAGAAUCUAUGUUUGCAUAUUUAACAUUUUACAUUAUGCUCGGAAGUAUGAAGUGCAUGCCUAACAUCUAUUUUCCAUUGGCUUUAUCAACUUUAGCAAGAUCAAAUGGUAUCGUCAACAUUGGUUUCCCUAUAUAUUUCGGGCUUAAGAAUUUGUGUAAUUCAGAAAGAAUAGAAACACAUGGACGAAAACAUAAUGUACUAUCAAUCUUAUGGCAUAUUUUAAAAUUAAUGAAAUUAAAUAACUAUUUUACUAUAUUAAGCGUAAUGAUUAUAUCGCUAUCUCCAUUUGUCCUUUUACAAAUAUACAAUUAUAUGAAAUUCUGUACCUCUACAUUCGAUAAAUCGUUAUUGCCAGUUCACAUUUUACAAUAUGCUGUAGAAAAUAAUCUGAUUCUAGCAGGUAAAACAGACUCAAUAUGGUGUAACGCUAGUGUGCCUUUAGCAUAUUCGUAUGUGCAAAAGACAUAUUGGAAUAUCGGAUUUUUAAGAUAUUAUCAAUUCAAACAAAUACCGAAUUUUAUAAGAGAUGAAUUAUACUUGUUAGGCUUUUUUGAUAGCAAGGCAAAAAGCGAAAAUAUUGUUAAAGAUAUACAAUUGUAG